GGCACGGUUGUGGGCUUAAGAAAGUGAUUGCUACGGUGGUCGCGAUGGGCAAGUCAGAUUUUCUUACCCCCAAGGCCAUCGCCAACAGGAUCAAAUCCAAGGGGCUUCAGAAGCUGCGGUGGUAUUGCCAGAUGUGCCAGAAGCAGUGCCGGGACGAGAAUGGCUUUAAGUGUCAUUGUAUGUCCGAAUCUCAUCAGAGACAGCUAUUGCUGGCUUCAGAAAAUCCUCAGCAGUUUAUGGAUUAUUUUUCAGAGGAAUUCCGAAAUGACUUUCUAGAACUUCUCAGGAGACGCUUUGGCACUAAGAGAGUCCACAACAACAUUGUCUACAAUGAGUAUAUCAGCCAUCGAGAGCACAUCCAUAUGAAUGCUACUCAGUGGGAAACUCUCACUGAUUUUACUAAGUGGCUGGGCAGAGAAGGCUUGUGCAAAGUGGAUGAGACGCCAAAAGGCUGGUAUAUUCAGUAUAUAGACAGGGACCCAGAAACUAUCCGCCGGCAACUGGAACUAGAGAAAAAGAAGAAGCAGGACCUUGAUGAUGAAGAAAAAACUGCGAAAUUUAUUGAAGAACAAGUGAGAAGAGGCCUGGAAGGGAAGGAACAGGAGGUCCCUGUUUUUACAGAAUUAAGCAGAGAAAAUGAUGAAGAGAAAGUUACAUUUAAUUUGAAUAAAGGAGCAUGUAGUUCAGCAGGAGCAACAUCUUCCAAAUCAAGUUCCUUGGGGCCAAGUGCACUGAAGAUGCUGGGAAGUGCAGCAUCAGUGAAACGGAAAGAGUCUUCCCAGAGCUCAGCUCAUUCCAAAGAAAAGAAGAAGAAGAAGUCUGCACUUGAUGAGAUCAUGGAGAUUGAAGAGGAAAAGAAAAGAACUGCCCGAACAGACUAUUGGCUACAGCCUGAAAUUAUUGUGAAAAUUAUAACCAAAAAACUUGGAGAGAAAUAUCAUAAGAAAAAGGGUAUUGUUAAGGAAGUAAUUGACAAAUACACAGCUGUUGUAAAGAUGAUUGAUUCUGGAGACAAGCUGAAACUUGACCAGACUCAUUUAGAAACAGUAAUUCCAGCACCAGGAAAAAGAAUUCUAGUUUUAAAUGGAGGCUACAGAGGAAAUGAAGGUACCCUAGAAUCCAUCAAUGAGAAGACUUUUUCAGCUACUAUAGUCAUUGAAACUGGCCCUUUAAAAGGACGCAGAGUUGAAGGAAUUCAAUAUGAAGACAUUUCUAAACUUGCCUGAGUUUGGACAUUUAACAGCACAUUAAAAUCCUAAAGCAUCAAAUUGGUGUUCGCCAAAGCAUUAUGAGACUCUACUGUGUUAGGGUGUUUCUUUUGUAUAAAACAAAUUGAUUUAUUUAAAUAUUACUAUGUAGUUGAUUAGGUAUACUUACAGAAAAAUUAUGUCUCAUGAAGUAUCCAAACUAUGUAAGUUUGUCCUUGUUAUUUUUGU